CGGGAGCCCCGUCGCGCGGGUCCUCACCGCGGAGGGUCGGGCUGGGCGGCGGGCAGCGCCCCUCGCGCGGCUCCCGGGGUCUGAGCGCUGCUCUGGAGUCGCGGUGCCCGGGCACCCGGCACUGUCCCCGGGGGAGCCCGGCUGCCCACCGCCCCCUCUGCCGGGGCUGCCCUCGCCCCUGCGCCCUCCCCGCCCGGGACGGGCUCCGCCUGCGCGCGGUGGAAUCCGGAGACGUUUCCUUCCCCGUGUUUUCAGUGACGGGUUCUGUAAAUUUAAUGACAGAGCUCCGUGGCCCUCCCGGACCCUGAACACCCUUUUUUGAGAUGUAGAGUCACUUAACUGCGGUGUUAAACGUUAGGACACCAGGUCCCCUGAACUGCUAUGGCUUCGUGAUGGCCUCCUGGGAAGCGAAGGAAGUGUUAGUAACCGCAGGACCCGUGCCUGUGGAUGUUUCGGGAAUGGUUGGCUUCACGCGGGCCUGUGACUUAAGUUGGGUCACUGUCUGGUCACGAUGUAAAUUACGAAUGUGGCUAUGGCCUCUCUGUAUCCUGUGUUUUUGCUCUUGCUGCUGCUUCUCGAGUUUGAUGGAGCGAAAGAAAACGUUUUGAGGUUGUGACUGAUGUGCAAGUGCCUCAAUUUGGAAAUUCUUUAAAUGAAACUUGAUUAAAAUCUUAGACUAUACCCGGAAGAGAGACCCCAGUCAACAAAAAGGUGGAAAAGGAUGAUGUUGUCCUUAAACAACCUACAGAAUGUCGUCUAUAAUCCGAUAAUUCCCUAUGUUGGGACCAUUUCUGAGCAGUUGGAGCCUGGAAGUUUGAUUGUACUACGUGGGCAUGUUCCUAGUGACGCGGACAGGUUUCAGGUGGACUUUCAGUGCGGCAGCAGCGUGACUCCUCGGGCAGACGUGGCCUUUCAUUUCAACCCACGGUUCAAAAGGGCCAACUGCAUUGUUUGCAACACUCUGAAAAAUGAAAAGUGGGGCCGAGAAGAGAUCACCUAUGAGAUGCCUUUCAAGAAAGAAAAAUCUUUUGAGAUUGUGAUCAUGGUCCUGAAUGACAAAUUCCAGGUGGCUGUCAAUGGAAAACACACCCUGAUCUAUGGCCACAGGAUCAGCCUAGAGAAGAUCGACACGCUGGGCAUUUAUGGCAAAGUGAUGAUUCAUUCCGUGGGUUUCAGCUUUGGCUCGGAUUUAAGAAGUACCCAAGCAUCUACUCUGGAAUGGACAGAGAUAAGUAAAGAAAAUGUACAGAAGUCUGGCGUGUCACAGUUUCCUAGUAAUAGAGGAGACAUUUCUACAGUCGUCCCCAGAACUGUCUACACCAAGAGCAAAAGGUCGCCAGCCAAUCACACUUUGACUUGCGCCAAAAUACUACCUACCAACUGUUUGUCAAAGGCUCUGCCGUUUGUAGCGAGGUUGAACUCUUCAAUGGGCCCUGGACGGACCGUUGUCAUAAAAGGAGAAGUGAAUACAAAUGCCAAAGGCUUUAGUGUUGAUCUACUGUCAGGAAAAUCCAAGGAUAUUGCUCUGCACUUGAACCCACGGCUGAAUGUGAAAGCAUUCGUAAGAAAUUCUUUUCUUCAGGAGUCCUGGGGAGAAGAAGAGAGAGAUAUUACCUGCUUCCCUUUUAGUCCUGGGAUGUACUUUGAGAUGAUAAUUUACUGUGAUGUUAGAGAAUUCAAGGUUGCAGUAAAUGGUGUGCACAGCCUGGAGUACAGACACAGAUUUAAAGAGCUGAGUCACAUCGACACGCUGGGAAUCGAUGGCGAUAUCCACUUACUGGAAGUAAGGAGCUGGUAGCGGACGCGAGUGCUACAGAAACCAAAAUACAGAAUGACUUCUGUAACACUGGCCUUGUUAAAAUGCAUCUCACUACCGUGAUAUGGUUUAUAGAUAUUGUUAAAAUGAGCUGGAGUCCUACCGGGUGCCCUCAGUCUGUGCCACACAGCGUGGCCUUGUUGAGCACAGAAUGAGGAAAUCUGAGGCAACAACAGUCUACAGCCAUCUUUAUAACAGGCCUUUCUGCUCCCUCUCCCGCAUCCUGGCCGCCUCUCUUUGAAACCCACUUCACAUUCAACAGGUAUUUAUUAAGUGCCUGCUGAACCACCGCAGCCACUCUGCACUGAGCGCUCAUCUCGCCAGCACUGUGCUGGGAACUGGGGACACACAGUGGGGCACGUACGUUCCCCGGUCUGUUGCGCUCUGAGCCUCCGUGCUUUGCCACUGUUUCUCCCUCAUGCACUACAUGAACUCACUAGGGACUUAAAAUAAUUACUCUAUUAAAUCACCUAAGGACACUAAUUUAUAGGCAACAUCACUCCUCCUCCAGUGCUUGCUCUCAUACCCAGUUUGAGCGUAUCCCCUAAUGGAGAGGACUGAUGUUGACUUAUAUCUGGAGAUUUGCUUUAGCAUUAAAUCUAGCUCUACUAGCUGUAAGCAUUACCAAGAUAUAUGAAAUCUGAAUACAGCACAAAGAUAAAGGCAAAAACCAAAGCAAAACAAAAUCAAAUGGUGUUGAAAUUAACUUGAUGUCAGUCUCAAGGCCACUGAUUUCUGUACCAGUAAAUGCUUAUUUUAGAAUAUUGGAAUUUAAGGUGAGUCAGAGGUCACCUCUGCACAUACUCUGUAGAAAGUUUAAGGUAGACAAGAGAUGGAUUCAUUGUGUAAAAUGUGGGUAACAAAGGAAUGUCAAGAUUAGAUUUAAUGACCGUUUAUAAAACAGGCAGUAUCAGAAAGUACAAUACACCAACUGGGACCAGUGAAGUAGAGAGGCAGUGUGCAUCUGUUCCGCGUUGUGUGCAGACCAGCACUGUCUCUGCUCUUCUGAAGAUGAGGCCGUCAUCGUUAGUGACCGAGAUCAAAACAUUGUUCUGCUUUCAGUGAUUAAAAUCAAACCUGUAUCAGCAAGUUAAACUGUUGCAUUUCUAUAAUUUUUUCUGUUCUUUGAAGCAAGUUGUUAGAAGUUCUUUGUAGAAUUCUUACAGGUCAGAUCUUGUUAUCGGAAAUUUCAAAGGCUUGGGAGUGGGGAGGUAAAAACAGAUCAUUUUAUCAUAUUAAAUUGCUAGGCUGAAUUCUCCCAGGAUUUGGGAAUAUUUUCAUAACGGCUUUUGGUUAGGUAUUAUUUGUAUCCCUAUGUUAUUACCUAUCUUACUUUUAAAAAGUACUCAAUGUAGAAACUUCUAGCACUUAAUUCUUUUCCAUCUUUUCAUGUUAAUUUAUUAUGCUAAGUCUUGCCGAGCUCAAAAAAAACUCCCCCCAAAAACAAAAAACAACAUUGGUAGAGGAGGGGAUGUUGGGAAAGCUGUAGAAGGCAGAAAGGGUCUAGAAUCCCCCAGAGUUAUUUUCUUUCUUUGGAAAAGAACAUCAGAGGACCUUGGCAGAUGGUGGAAACCAUGGACCACUUAGGAGACUAAAAGAAAAAGUCCACUUACCUUGUUUCCUCUAAGUCAGGCCGUUCUUUGAUAGAAUAAAUACAAAAUCUUAAGAUUUUUUUUUUUUGAAAAGAAGCUAUUCACAUUUAUUAAUGAAUCCUGUUGAGACAUUUCUUAGAGAGAAAUAUGCAUUCCUAGCAAGCUCUGUCUCCAAACUGCAAAUCAGCCUUUUGCUUGUCACAAUUCCACACUAAAUUUCUAUAUUAAAUUAGAUCAAGGGCUUUCAGACUUGAUUUGAACAUCUAUGGAACAGUUCUUAGAUGCCUUACAUUUCAAAAAGGCAUCAAUAAAAUGCCUGAAACAAAAUAAAGGCAGAUUUGAAUUUUA